AUGGCAUCACAUCCCUACUAUCCCCUGGAGGUCGAUAUCGUCGACUAUUCGCCCAACCAAACCUCCGUACUCGAGCUACUGGUCUCGGCCGGAGGUGGUUGCGCGGCCCUGCUAGGUUUGACUUUCAGCUUGGCCAGUUACGUGCGACCGACUCUGCGUCUGGCCGAUCGGCUCGCCAUUCUAUGGUUUGUGCUAUCGGGAACACUGCACUGCUUCUUCGAGGGUUAUUUUAUGAUUCAUCAUGAGCAUAUGGCAUCGGCCCAAGAUCUUUUCGGGCAGCUGUGGAAGGAAUAUGCACUAUCCGACUCUCGGUAUAUGACCUCCGAUACCCUGGUACUCUGCAUGGAGACGAUGACCGUGCUGCUGUGGGGACCUUUAUGUUUUGGCGUUGCAUAUCUGACCGCGACGAGACACUCCCUACGGCAUCCGGUACAGUUGAUGGUGUGCAUGAGCCACCUCUACGGCGACACGCUAUACUAUGCCACCAGUCUCUUCGACCACUAUGCGAACGGGGUGGCGUACUGCCGACCGGAAGGGUAUUACUUCUGGUUGUAUUAUUUCUUCAUGAAUUUCAUCUGGAUUGUGGUCCCGGCAUAUUAUCUGCUCGACAGCAUCAGGACCAUUUCGGGCGCCAUUAGGGCCCAGCAGGGGUCAGGCGAGAAGCACAAAUGUCAGUAG